AAUCAAGCGGCGGCGGGAAGGGAGGGGGCGGGGGGGCUGAGCGGUCCCGUCCCUCCCUGACUGACCGAGCCGCGCGAUGCCCGCAGCCCCGGUCUGAGGCGAGGAUGGCGCCGGUGAGCGAGCAGCUGGCGCCGCAGCAGGACCCCGCCGCGCCCCCCCUGCCCGGCCCGGCGGCCUCGGCGGCGGCCUCGGAGGAGGAGGAGCCCCCCCGACGGGGGAGCGGCGGCCAGGGGAGCCCCCGGAGCCGCAGCCCCGCAGCGCCGGGCGGGGAGAGCGGGGCUGAGCCCCCCGCCGUGGCGGUGCAGGAGGAGGGGGAAGAGGGGGAGGCGGCCCCCGGCGGUGCGGGGUGUCCCGGGGGCGCGGAGCCCGAGCCCCCCGAGGGCGGCUGGGGCUGGGUGGUGAUGCUGGCCGCCAUGUGGUGCAACGGCGCCGUCUUCGGCAUCCAGAACUCCUGCGGGGUCCUCUUCGUCUCCAUGCUCCAGCUCUUCGGCGGCAGCGACGACAAGCAGCUGACGUUCAAAACAGCGUGGGUGAGCUCACUUUCUAUGGGAAUGGUCUUCUUCUGUUCUCCCAUAGUCAGCAUAUUCACAGACCUGUUUGGUUGUCGAAAAGUAGCUGUUAUUGGAGCUGCAGUAGGAUUUGUUGGACUCCUUUCAAGUUCUUUUGUAAGCACCAUUGAACCCCUGUAUUUCACCUACGGAGUGUUGUUUGCCUGCGGCUGCUCCUUUGCCUACCAGCCAUCCUUGGUCAUUCUGGGGCACUAUUUCAAGAAGCGCCUUGGCCUGGUGAACGGCAUCGUCACCGCCGGCAGCAGCUUGUUCACUGUGUCUCUGCCCUUCCUCCUGAGGCUCCUCAUCGACUCCCUUGGCCUCUACAACACCCUGCGGGUCCUCUGCAUCCUCAUGUUUGUUCUUUUCCUGGCUGGCUUUACGUACAAACCCCUUGUUUCAAAUGCCAAAGACGAGGAGGGAGGAAAGAAGGCGAAGUUCAGAUUUCCUCCGGGAAAAAAGAUUUGCAAUUUCUCAGUUUUCAGAGUUCCCAGUUACCGAAUCUGGGCUUUUGGGAUCCCAGCUGCACUUUUUGGAUACUUUGUGCCUUAUGUUCACUUGAUGAAGCACGUGAAAGACAGAUUUGGUAACAACGUGCCAGAAGAAGUGCUGCUGCUGUGUCUGGGCAUUACUUCAGGAGUUGGCAGAUUGGUCUUUGGCAGAGUUGCAGAUUAUAUUCCUGGUGCAAAAAAAGUUUAUUUACAGGUGGCCUCAUUCUUCUUUAUUGGUCUGAUGUCUAUGAUGAUCCCCCUGUGCCAUGUCUUUGGAGGUCUCAUUGCUGUCUGUCUCUUCAUGGGCCUGUUUGAUGGCUGCUUCAUUUGCAUUAUGGCUCCUAUUGCCUUUGAGCUUGUUGGGGCUCAGGAUGUCUCCCAGGCCAUAGGAUUUCUACUGGGAUUCAUGUCAGUGCCUAUGACAGUUGGUCCACCCAUUGCAGGCCUCCUGCGGGAUCACCUCGGCACGUACGACGUGGCGUUCUACCUGGCUGGAGUCCCUCCUCUUAUUGGUGGUGCCAUAUUGUGUUUCAUCCCCUGGGUCCACGAACGGCAGAAGCUAAAAGCAAGAGCAAAACCUGUUGAUGGGGAAACUACUGAGAAAAUGCUGGAAAACGAGAACACUUUGGUGUCAGACACUACACAAAAGCCAGUCAAAGAAACAGAAUCUGGGGUUUGAUGCUUUCUUUUCCUCUACCCCCCCCUGCUGAAGCUCGCUAGACUUGUACUUUUUGGCUGAAGAUACCAUAUGAUAGUGAAGAAGCUCUGAACCAUUGCUCAAAUGGGAAAACUGCUAUAGAAAUCUUUUAUACCUUUGAACUUUUUUUGAUGAGUGGUUGAGUUGGAUUUCAAGCCACAUUUUCAAGGUAUUUGAAGUUUUGUAGCGUUGGUGUGUUCGUGUAUAGUGAUUCUGUGUGUGAAGAGAAUAUUUUUCUAAUUCCUCUCUUUCUGAAGGUGUAAAAGCUGGUUUUGGUUCACUGACCCAGUGACUUCAUUAACUCUGGUCCAUCAGUGCAGGCACACACACCUGUGGCUGUUUACACUGGGAAACACAGUAACUCUUGGGACUGAUUUGUUGAAGUUUCUCAUGCUGUUUUAGUCUUUCAGGAUUCUAGAUCAACAACACAAAUUUGCACCUCUGAUUCCCCUUACUCCUGAAAUAAUUAGAAAGCUAAAUUAUGAAUAAUCUGUAUUCUUUUCCUGAAACACCCCAGCAUUCUCAGUUUGCUUAAACCUUCACCUGUUCUUGCACCUAUUCACCUUCUCCCAAUUUUUUUGAUGGGCACAGGUUUUGGAAUUAUGUGCAAACUAAGCUCCAGGUGCAAACACAUUCAGAAGUGAAGCUGGUGAGUGAGAGAUUUUUUUAUUUGGUUGAAGGCAAUACUCUUAAUGUAUAUGUGUGUCUUCUUGUUCAGCUAAACCUCAGAGGAGCUGACAGUUCUGAAAUGACACUGACAGUAACACUUUGGAGCAGUAUUGUGAAUUAUUAGAUUAAAUUUCCAAUUGUUCUGUUGUUAGGUUUUUCUUUUUUAUUCUUGAAAACAAGACAGCUUUAAAGAAUACAUUCUAAGUGCAAUAAUAAGUUGUUUUUAACAUGGACAUACGAGCUAUGAAAAUGACAUUCAACAAUUGAAGAUUUUUGCACUAAGUGAACAUGCAGGUUUAUUAUAGGUCUUUAUAGUUCAAUUGUAGGAUAUAGCUCCAUAUUUUAUUAAGAUAUAAAUAAAUGUCUUUGCAUGUCCUGUUUAUUGCCUAGCAUACUAAACUUGUCCCUGUUGCUUAUGUGUUCUUAGGUAUUAUGCACUGUUUCUCAAGCAGGUAUUUCUGAAAUCCUCUUUGUUAAAUAUUUGGAAGCAUAAUACUCUGAGAUCAAAACACUGCUUUUCAGUUAAUCAGAAACCACUUCCAAGCACAUUGUUUAUUUGUGGAUAUGGAUCAGCAGUGGAAUAUUUCAUCACUAUUUCAGGUCCAUUUGAUACUAAAUAAUACUUGUUUUCCUGUUUGGAAGUGUCACAGCAGAGAGUAAACUACGUGUGGUCUGCAGACAAAGUGCACACUGAAGUGCAUUUUCUUAAUUAGUAACAAUACCUGUUCUUGACAUAAACCAGAGGCAUACUGCUUCAAAAUGAUAAUCUUUAUUGUCUUUUCUUAUUAUUUUUCUUUCUCCAGAGUUGUAGUAAAUUGCACAUAAAGCCCAUGCACACUUGUGAUAUAAAACAUUGUUGGCAAUACUACUGCUUAGAAUGUUUACAUCUAUCAACUUAAGAAGUCCUUUAAAUAUAAUCAUGCAAAGCAUCCUAAUUUUUUGAGACCAAAGCUCACACCUUUUUUGUAUUGCAGGAUUUCAAUCCCUUCUUUACAUGAGGGGAGGUUUAAAAGAAUUGGAUGUUAAAAUGUUAGAGGUGGAUGGGAAAGAUUAAGAGGCAGAAAAAACCAAACACCCCAGCCAAUCUGUAAUCCAAAGGCUCCUUUAGGUUCACUAGAACUUGUGCUUCUGGACCUCCUAAGUGCUUCUAAAAAUAUCAUUAAAGUAUUUAUAGUAUUGUUAAUUAAAAUGAGUGCAAGAUGCUGCCUUCAUGACAAAAUUAUGUGAACAGUUUAUGCUGUUCUUGCCUGGAGUAUUUCUGUAGAGCACAUUUUUCAGUAUUAUCUCCUGUUUGGGCAAUGCGAAAGGUCUUGAUUAAGUGUGGUAAAAGCCUCUUGUUUCCUGUUGCUUUGCUGUGAAAAAUCAGUAUUCAUCACAGGUCUUAUUUCAGGUGUUUUAGCUUUCACUUUUUAACCAAAAACAAGGCUGCUUUUUAGCACUGAUGCAAUUUGAAAUCCUUGUGACCAGGUAUCUGGGUAUAAUCAUGGCAUCUUCCUGACUUGCUGCUCUGUUUGUAUAUAAAUUAUCUGGGAGAAAAUAUAAAAUAAUAGUUGAUACAUUUUAGAAAUUAUACAGAAAUGGUAUAACAAUGGUAUGGAUUAAUUAUGACAAUACUUUUAAAAAAUGUAUUUAUACAUAAAAAUCCAAACUCGCAUAUUUGAAGAAUGAAAUAUGUAAAUUAUGCUCACAAAUAUGAAGGAUAUGCAUUGAAAACACCUCACAAAACCCAGAGACUCCAGGAAGAAGGUAUGAUGAGUGAACAAUCGUUUAGGAGUGAUUUACUGUGUUAAAAACAGCUAGGGAAUGGGAUGUCAGGCAAGGGGGAAGCAGAGGUAGGGGUGAGAAGCUCUGCUGGUCUGAGGUUGGGAUAAUGAACUCAUUUCUGAUGCCAGGGCCUGUUUUACAACAAGGCUGAAAUUGAGAAAACUUCAGAAAAAAAAAAAAAAAAACAAAAAAGAUAUUUCAGAAAAAGUAAAAAAAGAAAUGAAUGCAUGAGCAUUUUUUUAGCAUCCUCACUGUUAGCUUGUAUCUGUGGGGGAAAUGUCCAGCAGAAAAUGCUCUUUAAUUGACACAAGCAUAAAAAGAUUGUGCCCUAGAGCUGGGUAAGGUGCAGCUGAAAUUAAAGUUGCAGCUUGUUAGCAGUGAGGCUAAACUCAGAGAGAUCCUGGAUUCUAUAUACCCUGAGGUUUUAAAAAUGAGGUUAGUGGUCUCUCUUUAAAAAACAAGCUAAACCCAACCCAAAAAACCCACAGCAAUUAUUUACUUCAUUUCUGAAAAAACGAUUCAAUAAUGUAGGAACUGUUGCUAUUCUGAAAACUAGAAGAGAAAAGCACAGAAUAUUCAACUUUCUUUUGACUAAAUCAAUGUAAAAAAAUGUAACAAAAUCUAAUUUGAAGUGUGAAAACCUGUUGUGAUGGGAAACCUGCUGAACUCAUAUUUUGAUGGCCUAAAUCAUGUUAGAUUUAAUCUUGUUGGGGGGUAGAUGCUAGAAUUAAAGCACUAGCUUAGUUAAGAAAACCUUUACUCAGAUGUAUCCCUCCCUUGAGCAGAGUACUUUGUAUCCCUCCCUUUCUGUGAGCAGAAUAAUGGUCUUUUUCCCAUUCUGUGCUCUCAGAGUGAGCUGCAGAAGAAAUGGGGUAGAAAGAGGGUCACUUAAAAUGGCAGUGUGAAAUUCCCAAUCCUCCUCGAUGUUCACCAGAUCUUGAAAUCAGGACUAAUGUUGAGCAAGGGGUUGGCUUUAUGUACGGCUGACACGUGUUUUUUCAGGAGGUAUGAUCCUUGUGAGUCUUCAUGUGUUUGUUCAGAGAGCCUGAAAUAACAAAAACCCUUCAGGUUCUUAUUUACAUCUAAGCCGUGCAACAAUACACAAUGUGUCAUUAAUAAAAAAGUAUUGAUGGAUUUGUUCUGGCUACAUGUUAAAGGACCUGUACAAGUCUCAAACCAAGACUUUCAAAUUAACAUACUCUUAGUCAGAAUUUCUUUCAUCCAGAUCUUUGUAUGUUCUGCAUUAACACUUAAUUAUUAUUUUUUUUCUAAGUUUACUUUCACCAACCACUUACGGACCUUCCUAAAUUGCUCACUCGUGUCACAGGUGGCACAGCCAUUCUGUGGCCACCCUUCAGGGCACAGUCAGUACCAGAUGAGGUAGGCAACUGACAUCUUUCUGCUUUGGCUCUUCAUGGAUGAUGCCUGGGCACAUCCAUCCCCCCUUCCCUUUGGAGAUGUGGGAUUGUCCAAGCUGCUGCACGCUUGUCAGCCUUCCUUUCUCGAGCUGCAGUAACCCUGUGAGGAGUUGUAGCCUGACAGAGCAGGCAAGUUUUUGUGAGGGUGGAGCAACUGGCAACUCCAGGAGUGCUGAGGGCAGAUCUCAGACUAGAUGAUGCUUUGGUCACAUAUGGGGUAAGAAAUGGACAUUGCCUCUUAAAGCAAGAGUGCCCUGCUCCCUUCCUUGCAUCAGGUGGUACCUGCUGAAGGACAGGAGAUGCUUCCAAAGGAAAUAUCUAAGGUUGGGAAUCAAGACUGCUAUCCUUGGGAUUCUCCUUACAGGUCAGGUUAAGCAGCCAGGUCCUCACUGUGCUGGCUGGGGCAUCUCAUGGUGCUGCAGCCCUUGGGGCUUGGCUGUCCCCUCUGAGCAGGGAGCAGAGCUGCUGCCUCUCUGGGCCCUCAGCCCCCUCCAGCAGCUGGAAGGGCUACGGGAGCUGACUUCAGGCAUCUCAUCCUCUGCCAGAACUGGCUCUCUGGUAUUGAGUCUGUGUGUGUAGCUCUAUAUAAAUACAAUGUAUUUUGAGCAGGGCACACACCAGCAUUCUGCAUUUAACCACAGGAGCUGUAGCACUGGGAUGGGGGGAGAGCUGAGGAAAAGAAAUUGUUCUCGUGUGUGUUUCACUGUUGACAAGCACAGCACCACAGCAGUUCCAGACAGCCGGGGAGUUUCUAGUCAUGCAAACUUUGGCAUAUUCUCAGUGUGCCUUCUAAUCCUUAUAUAUAUAUAUAUUUACAUAUAUAUAUAUAUAUAGUGUCAACAUGUUUAAUGUUUCAGAACUGCAUAUGCUACAAUUAGACUGAAUUUAUACUAAAAUGUGUGCUAAUAUUGAUAAUACGGGCAUCUUUCAGUAUCUUUAUAGACAUCGUAUUUUGUAUGUUGUUUUUGAUAUUAAAAGAUAUACAUUUUGCUGGCCUUAACUCCAUUCUUUAAAGUUCUGCUUUGUUAGAAGGGUAAGAAAUGAAUGUCUAAUGUUUUCAUGGUGCUAAAGUAACUGUGAUCAGUCUCAAAUGAUUCAGAAUAAAGAAAAUAGUUCUUAAGUGC